AUGGCUCUCGACGUGCAGCGUGUCCUGCUCCCCCUGCUUCUUCUGGGUGCUAACGUGUUCAUCUGCAUCUAUGCUCAAGAGAAUGACGUGACCGAGACAUGGACCAGCAGGUCUUGCAAAUGUGACUGUGAAGGAGGAGAAACCCCCACUGAGUUCUCCUCCAUCGCGUCAGGCUCCUCCAUGGUGAGAGGAGUCGACUGCAUGCCAGAGUGUCCGUACCACAAACCUCUGGGCUUCGAGGCCGGGUCGGUGAAUCCAGACCAGAUCACCUGCUCCAACCAGGACCAGUACACCGGCUGGUUCUCCUCAUGGCUGCCCAGCAAGGCCCGGCUCAACACCCAGGGUUUCGGGUGCGCCUGGCUCUCCAAGUUCCAGGACACCAAUCAGUGGCUGCAGAUCGACCUGACGGAGGUGAAGGUGGUGUCAGGGAUCCUGACUCAGGGCCGCUGUGACGCCGAUGAGUGGAUCACCAAGUACAGCGUUCAGUACCGCACGGACGAGAAGCUCAACUGGAUCUACUACAAAGACCAGACUGGGAACAACAGGGUGUUUUAUGGAAACUCCGACCGCUCCUCGUCUGUGCAGAACCUUCUGCGGCCGCCCAUCGUGGCGCGAUACAUUCGCAUCCUCCCUCUCGGAUGGCACACACGCAUCGCUCUGCGCCUGGAGCUGCUGCUCUGCAUGAACAAAUGCAUGUGA